AUGUUUCGCAUAGCUCUCAGACGAACCACUGCCACCGCUGUAGCGGGUCUUGCGCGGUCGAGACAGGCACCCAGCGCCAGGCUCCUUCAUCCCCAGCGCACCGUUCGGUUUGAAUCUACCGCGCCAAAGUCUGAGUUCAAACAAGCUGUGGACGAGUUGCGGCGCGACUGGGAUGCCAAGGUAGUUUCCUACGAAGAGCUCAAGCCGUUGACUCUACAGCCUAGCCCAGACAAGUACCUUAUCGACGUCCGUGAACCUGACGAAGUGCGUUUGGGAUCCAUCCCCUCGGCAGUGAAUCUCCCGCUCUCCGUGCUUUCGGGUUCGCUUCAUCUAGACCCGGUUAUAUUCCAAGAGAGGUUUGGUUUCCAGAAGCCUGGGAGGGACCAGGACAUCGUGUUCUACUGCCGUAGUGGAAAACGUGCGUUCACGGCUUGCGACAUCGCGAAAAGGAACGGAUAUACAAAGCUUGCCAACUACGAAGGCUCCUGGCUCGAUUGGACAGCCCGUGAAGGUACCGGACAGUCUUCGUGA